CUACGGGAGCUGUAGCUGACCAAGCCGGAAAUAAUUCUCACGUGUGGAAGCGGAGACGCGUGUGUGUCUGCAAUGGAUUCGACGAAGGUUUUUAACAUAGUUGGUGGCGAAGAUGUUCAGGAGCCUGUAUCCCUUAAAAGAAAAAUGUCUUUAUUCAGUUGUGAGAUUUGUGGUGGUGAAGAAGCCAAAUACAAAUGUCCCCGAUGCAUGAAAUAUUCCUGCAGUCUACCGUGUGUGAAGAAGCACAAAACCGAGGUCAACUGCAGUGGCAUGCGGGACAAGGCAGCUUUUGUGCCAAUGAGCAAAUUUGAUGAAAUAAAUCUAUUGAGUGAUUAUCGUUUCUUGGAAGAUUCUUCAAGAUUGGUUGAUUGUGGAGCUAGAGAUCGUUUGUUCCCCCGGCACACAAGUAGUAAAUAUUUAAACCUUUUGAAAAACAGAGCUCGAAGACAAAAUAUUGACCUCAAAAUCCUGCCUGUUGGUUUCACAAAGAGAAGAAUAAAUUCAACCUUCUUCCACAAAAAAGAGCAACGAUUUUACUGGCACGUGAAGCUCAUAUUUCCUCAAAGUCAUGCCGAGUACAUCGAGAAAAGGGUACCCGAUAAUAGAAUACUCCACAAAAUACUGGAGACCUACGUCGAUCCUGAAAAGUCAGACCCAGUAAUUCGCCAAAGAUUGAAAGCAUAUGUCACGUCUCAGUCUGGCAUUAAAGUCUAUAUGAAGAUGGAGCAGGGAAAGUGUAAUCCAGCCAGGUUCUAUGAGUUGGAUCCAAGUGAAAGUCUCCUAAAGAACUUAGAAAAUAAAACAGUAAUAGAGUAUCCUACGCUGUAUGUUGUGUUGAUGGAAUUUACCAGUGAUGAUGUUCUGUUUGUCAAAGAGCCAGUGCAGGCUUUGCAUCCAAAUCAAGACCAAGAAGAAAAGGCAGCCUCAUGUAAAUCCCACAAAAGAUAAAUACAUAUUUAUUUGAUAAAUAAUUUGUUUAUAGCUGUUUUUCUCUACUUUUAUUUUCUCUAUUGUUUUACACAUGUGUUAAUAAGUGUAUUCUGUACAUUUUGUGGAAUAAAUGUACACUGGUUUUCUAACAUCUUUCCUUCUAGGAAUAUAAUAAAUAUAACACUUAAA